AUAUAGAUGAUAUAUUUGAAUAAAAUGUUAAGUCCACGUAAAGGAGACGAGAGAGAUCUGUGAAGGAGAAAUAUGGAUGAAACGAUAUCAAGGGGUGUAGUGAGUGGAGGAAGGGUGAAGGACAGGGGGGAAUCAACAUUCUCGAGAGAUCAUACAGUUGUCCCACCUGUACCUGACAGGUAUAACCUGGUAUACAUAUCUAUGGUGCUUGCUGGUACAGGGUUUCUUCUACCUUAUAAUAGUUUUGUAUCAGCUGUAGACUUCUACAAGGUUAUGUUCCCAGGCAGUUCGAUAAUGUUUGAUAUUUCCUUGGUGUAUAUUCUAACAGCUCUACUAGCAGUUCUUCUUAACAAUAUAUUUAUUGAUACAUUCACCCUUAACUCUAGAAUCAGAUUCGGAUAUUUCCUAGCGAUAGUUACUCUAGGUUUAGUAGUACUCUGUAAUAGUAUGAGUUCCUCUAUUGGUAGAAAUCAACUUUAUGCAACAACUCUAACAGCCGUGGCCGCUGUAUCCUUAGGAUCUACAGUACAGCAGUCCUCCUUCUAUGGGUAUACCAGCAUGCUCCCGACUAGAUACACGCAGGCUGUCAUGCUGGGGGAGAGUAUGGCUGGAGUACUGAGCUCUAUGUUCCGUAUUCUCACCAAGAUGUUGGUUAAAGAGGAAACAUAUUCCACAACAAUAUUUUUUCUUAUCUCACUCCUCAUUCUCAUUCUCUGCCUAACCCUCUUCCCGAAGGUUCAGCGUUCUGAGUUUGUUUCUUUCUACAUAUCAAUGGCACUCAAAUCCCAGGAAAAAACUGAGGAGAGAAGACUGGGGUCUGAUGAAUCAAUGUACGGUAAACCAUUUCUUCCAAUCACAGAAUCUUUAAUUCCAGAUGAUGAUGAAAGCUUUCAAAUCCCAGAAUUUGGUCCAAACUGUCGUUCGCAGUACAGGAUGAGGGAGAGGUUGGAGGAUGGUUUGGUGGAGGUCGAGGUGGAGGGAAAGAAAAUCGGAGGAAAUAUUUUCAAAUGUUUCAGAGGACUUCAUGGUGGGUUAAAAGUACGCCUGGCUGUGUGCAGUAAGAUUGUACCGCACAUGUUAGGAAUUGGACUGACGUACGCAGUAACCUUGUCUUUGUUCCCAGGAAUAGAAUCUGAGAUAAGCUCCUGCAGGUUUGGAGACUGGAUGCCUGUCUUCCUUAUAGCAGCCUUCAAUAUAUCAGAUCUACUAGGAAAGGUGCUGGCUGGACUACAUGAGAACUGGUCUAGAGCAGAGAUGGUACUGUGGCCCUUCUCCAGGAUCCUUCUCAUCCCACUCCUGGUCAUCUGUGCAACACCUAGGCAUAAACCUAUUAUAUCAGAGGGAGAAGAGUGGUAUUUCAUGACUAUAUGUACAUUUAUAGGGAGCAUAGUGAGGGAGCACAGUGGUAAUCUGAUGACUAUAUCCUACAGUGUAGGACUGACUAUAGGUUCCCUGUUUGCCUACUGGUUGGAUUAUAUCAUAGGAGUAGGCCAAGGCCCAGUUUGCCCAAGGACAUUGCCCAGCUCUGGACACUUUUUCAAUUCAACAGCUGCAACAACAGUAUCUGGAUUCAAAAUAUAGAUUUUUCAAGAAUGGAAAAAAGUAUAAUUUCAAGUUUUAAUUUGAAAAUCAUAACAUAUAAAUAGA